GGGCCCGGCGGCUGGCAGGGGACUGACUUCUGCGCCUCCGCUGCCCUGGGGCACAGACAUGGCCCAGGAGCGUCCCGCCUGCGCCCUGGAGCCCGAGCUCGUCCAGCGGCUGCUGCUCUCCUGCCGGGAGGCCAAGAAGUCCGCUUACUGUCCCUACAGUCACUUCCCCGUGGGCGCCGCGCUCCUCACUCGGGACGGGAGGAUCUUCUCCGGGUGCAACAUUGAAAACGUCUGCUACCCAAUGGGCGUCUGUGCGGAGCGAACCGCCAUCCAGAAGGCUAUCUCAGAAGGGCACAGGGAGUUCAGGGCAAUUGCUAUCUCUAGUGACCUCCAGGAUGAUUUUAUCUCACCAUGUGGAGCCUGUAGGCAAGUCAUGAGAGAGUUUGGCACCAACUGGGCUGUCUACAUGACCAAGCCGGAUGGCACAUAUGUUGUCAGGACAGUCCUGGAGCUGCUACCUGCCCCCUUCGGGUCCUUGGGCCCGCAGAAGAUCCAGUGAAGGUCGGAAAACACCCACCACCUGGAAGAGCCUGGGUUUUCGCGUGUGCUUGAGGAGACAGCCGCCCGUAGAACUUGAUGAAGAUGUUCGCACAGGCCUGGGGACAUCGGCCAAAUGGGCCCCAGCCCUUCCGGGGUCUGGGCAGACAAGGCUUUUUCCAAAUUACACUCAAGCAUGACGGUCUUCACCUGAACCGAUAAAGCGUUUCAUUCCAUCCCACCUUGUCCUCUCCGGGACAGGACCACCCAUCCCUUCCUUCCUUUCCUCCGGUCCCUCUUUAAAAUUCCAGCCAAGUCUGGACCUCUUCCCUGUCAGCCUUCCCAAGGUCCCAUCCUGUUCUGAGUGACUUUUCUAAUUAUAGACAUCACGGAACAUCCCGAUUCGGGAGUGCACGUUU